CGUCGACGUAAUCGAGUGUACGGUGACCACCACAUCAAUAGCUCUCAGUCUUCCGACCUGACAUGUUGAUGCAUGUCGAACAAGAGCACACAAAUUUGCUAUUUUCUGAAACAAGAAUUUCUACAUAGUAACAUCCACGCUGGCGAACAUACUUUGGAAGAAAGAGUCGUCAUCCGCGGCGACCGGCGCAAUCCCCUCCAACCCUCCGUCUGGCGACAUCAUGACCCAACCGCCAGCUCAACCGCAUCUUACACCCCAGUUCUGCUUCUCGACAGGAUCUUUGAGGGACUUUUUACGGCUGUCUCGCGCCACCAUUGACGACUCGAUCACCCAAAACCUCAAUGCCCUAGUAACACCCGCGCGAGCCGGCUUCGACCCGACGUCGACCUCACAACGAACACCGCGUUCCUUUCCUCGACAGAUAGAUCCGCAGGCGUGUCAGAACUUCAAAGACCAGGUGCUCUUCCCGACAUGGCAUGCGCGAGCUGAAGUUCUGCACUACUGCGGAGUGGUCGCCACAAGCCCAGACCCCGACGAUCCAGAGGCUCUAGUCCAACAGAUCGAGGCCGCCAAAGACAAGGAGCGAAUUGUUGACGAACGUCUGGAUCCAUACUCUGGGCGAUUCUUCCCUCGGGAGCCUCGGACAGAGCAGCUCGCGAUGCUUAUUCGGCAGGAAAAGGGCGUGGAGAAUAUUGUGCGGACGAGAACGUGGGAUAUGGUCAAACAACGAUGCGGCGAGUCGGCAAACACGUGGGAGGAGGCUCUCGUGGGCUGGCGCUCAAGAGCGGCCGUGAAAGGCGAUGGUCAAUAGGUCGGCGAACACAUUGUUCUCAGCGGCUGGACCAUUAUUGUAUAUAUGUACACCAUGUACCUGUACCAACCAUGUACCACAAUACCAGAUGAUUGACGAUAGAUACAUACAACAUAAC